GACGAUGAAUUAUUGACCAACGGGACAUUAUAUUGGGGGUACUAUAUCCACAGCAUUUGCUUGACCUCUCCCAGUUCUUCCCCACACGCCACCUCCGUCUAGGUCGCCGGCCGCCACGCGCCUUGCUCAACUCCAGUGAUCAUCUGAUCAGAUCAGGCCGGCGGCGGGCCAAGCGCAGGGACCGGCCGGGGUGCAUGAACCUCUCCGGCCGGGCACGCGGUGGCUGUGGCGAGCGCUUUCGUCGGCAUCAGGGUUGAUUGAGUGGCGGCCGUUCGUCGGGCCUCGGCGGAGGAGGGAGAAGAGAUGGUGGAUCCGUCCAAGAUUAUCGAAACAGCCGCGGGAGGCUGCCUGGGAGCUCUGGUCAGGAAGCUCGGUUCCCUGACGCUCAGUGAGAUCUCCCAGCUGAGUGCCAUCUCCGGCAACAUCGACUGGCUGAAAGAGGAGCUGCAGAUCCUGCACGCCGUCCUGCUAGAUCUGUCAAAUGAGGAGAAUCCUAGCCACCAAAUGAAGCUCUGGAAGAACAAAAUAAGAGAGCUGUCAUAUGACAUCGAUGAUGCCAUCAGCGGGUUCCUGCUCGCCUCGAGCAAGGGGCAAGAUCCCGGACUGCAGCACGACCCAGGCUUCGUUGACCGCAUCAUGGCGACCAUUCGAAGCUGCGCCGACCGGAUCGAAAGGUUGCCCUCUGAUUUCGGGAUCACCCGAGAGAUCAAGAAGCUCAAGGAUCGGGUUAGUGCGGCAGAAGACCGGCACAAGAGGUUGAAGACAGGGACGAACAGUGAUGCUGGCCCAAGCUAUGAUGCUAUUCCUAUCCGGGAUGUUGCUCAGUAUGCGGAUCCAGCUAGCCUCGUGGGCAUUGAUGCUCCGAGAGAAGAGAUCAUCCGCAAGCUCAGUCUCCAGGGGCUGGGCUCUUUGGUGAAUCAGCGCAUGGUGGUGGCCAUUGUUGGAUUUGGAGGCCUAGGCAAGACUACUCUUGCUAAACAGGUUUUCGACAAAAUUGCAGUGAACUUCAGCUGCACAGCUUUCGUGCCUGUGUCAAGAAACCCUGAUAUCAAUAAGGUUCUGAGAGAUAUAAUAUUGGAUUUCAAUUCUGGCGAGUCGUCCGAAGCUCUACGACAGCUUGAUCAACGGCAACUCAUAAAUAAGCUCAGGAAAUACAUCGAAGGGAAGAGGUACCUGGUUGCUGUUGAUGACAUAUGGAGCAAAGAUGCAUGGAUCAUUCUAGGUAGUGCACUGUUCAGUAAUAAUCAUGGCAGCAGAAUAAUUGUCACGACACGCAAGAAUGACGUUGCUGAAGAAUGCUGCCCUUCUAGCAUCGAUCAUGUCUACAAAAUGGAUCCUCUUGACAAGAAUGACUCAGAAAACUUGUUCGUAGAAAAAGCCUUUGGCCGCAAAGGUUGCCCUCCUAAUCUGAGAGGUGUUUGUGGUAAAAUCUUGAAAAGAUGUGCUGGGUCUCCACUAGCCAUCAUAACCUUGUCCGGUUUGUUGCGUAAUAAGGUGACAGUAUCUCAGUGCGAGGAGGUGCUAUAUUCUCUGAGUAAUGCAGUUCCGGAGGACUCUGAUGUUGAUGCGAUGAGAAAGAUACUAUCUUUCAGCUAUUUCGAUCUUCCUCAUCAUCUAAGAACAUGUCUAUUAUAUUUUAGCAUGUUUCCGGAAGAUAUGGUGAUCAAAAGGAAGCGGUUGGUAAAUAUGUGGAUUGCUGAAGGGUUUGUUCAUUGUAGUGAUGGAAGAAGUAAAAGUGAAAUUGCUGGUCAUUAUUUUGAUCAGCUCAUCAGUAGAAACUUGAUCCAGCCGGUGAACAUACAGUAUGACGUCCAGGCACGGGCUUGUCGGGUUCACGACACUAUUUUGGAUUUCAUUGUGUCUAAAUCCCUUGAAGAGAACUUCGUUUCGUUUCUUGGUUAUCAGUUGGGCAGACCAGAUGACAAGGUUCGUCGCUUAUCUAUCCAUUACAAGGAGUUCCGAGAUGGCGCAGGACUUUCAGGACAGGAUCUAUCUCAUGUCCGGUCACUUUGUAUUUUUGGGGAACCUCUGCGCAAGCAUUUUAGUGUUUCUCUUCGGGGACUGACUAAUCUGCGAGUUUUAGAUGCCAGGGAUGGUUCCCCUUAUUAUACAGACCGUUCUAAUGGAUUUGAUGUGUCAUGGUUUCCUCAUAUUGAUUUUGAUGUGUCAGAGUCUCCUCACCUGAAGUAUUUGGACAUGUAUGAACUUAUGCCGAUGGAAAUGUCAAGAGAAUUUUACACAAGGGAGGUCUUAACAGGGAUUGCAAACCUGCAGUAUCUAGAAACACUGGACUUAAGGACUGCCUACGUAAAGGAGUUGCCGCCUGAUAUUUACAAACUUCAGCAGCUAGUGCGCCUGUUCAUCUGCCCACGGGUCAGACUGGCCGCUGGCAUUGGACGAAUGGAGGCCUUGGAAGAGCUGAAAAUGAUCUCUAUCUACAGCUUCUAUUCACUGGAAUUGCUGCAAGAACUAGCCCAGCUAACCAAGCUGAGGUCAAUUCACAUUCGCAUAGAAGAUGGUCAGAUCGGUCUUGAACAGGAAUUGGUCUUAAUAUCUUCAAUUAACAAACUAAGCAUGUGCAACCUUCAUUCACUUAAGAUUGAUGCGUUCGACAAACGUGGCGUUGAUUAUGGCACGUAUCCUUUGGCCAUGUCUGAAGCCCUUUCCUCGCAACAUCCUCUACAAAGUCUGAGGAAGUUCAAAAUGAGGCACGGCCACCUCACUAAGAUUCCAGAUUGGAUGGGCUCACUAAAUCACCUUGAGAAACUAGUGUUGGAAGUCCGAGAAAUGGAGCAGAAAGAUCUGGAUAUCCUAGGAAAGUUGCCCGGCCUACUAUACCUCUCUCUUGCAGUCAUUGAGUGCCCAAAAGAAAUGUUAACUUUCAGGGAGAGCACAGGAUUCCAUUGUCUGAAGUAUUUGGCUGUAGGCAAUUUCCGUAAUGGAGCGGAAAUGCUGGAGUUUCAAGCUGGAUCUAUGCCAAGGCUUGAACACCUAGAACUUGACAUACACACGUCUGACAGUACUACCUUAUGUGGCUGUUAUGUCUCGGGCAUUGAGCACCUUAACAUGCUGACCACGGUUCGCGUUCGGAUUUUAGAGGAACUGAAUCAGGAUGGGGUGGCGACAGAUGUCGAGUCUGCUAUUACGAGUGCAGUCGACAAGCUUCCAAACAAUCCCACACUCAGUAUUGAGGUGUGCUCAGUCGUCCUGCAACACGACAAGGCCUAUAACAUGCGUGUCGGGCGGAGGAGGAGCAGGCGGUUUAGUAUAAGUAAGCGGAGGCAUAUAUAAACGUUACUGCAGGACUUUUCACUUUGUUGCUAAGCACAAGCAAUACUCGUGUACUGAAUUACUGCUACUCAUUUGAUGCAGUUCUGGGCCUUUGGGGUGCGGCAUGCUAAAUUGAUGAUCAAGGGUGAGCCUUUGAAGGUUACAUUGUGGUUCUCCGGGUUUCAUGUGCUCGUCAGCAAAGAAAAGGACCAUCACUUCUACUACUGUUUGUGUUAGUGUGACAGCUGCGCGAGUUUGUUGUGAUGCUUGCAUGCUUGUUAGUCUUAAACCUUGAGGUAUAUCUGCAUUUUUAAAUUUGAAACUGGUAGCAUCCAGAUGUAUGUUUCGCUCUAUUUCUGUGCUUGUACGUUGAACAUUGUCUGUAUUUCUGUUACACCUACUUUCGGAUUCUGUAAAACUAUGUGUGUGCGCAUUGAGAAUUGAGGAUUCUUUGAAGAAAUUGUGUGCAUGUACUGGUUACCAGGCCAAUCAUUCU